AUCGGGCCGUUUGAGGGCAGAAAGCUCGGUCAAUGGAUGGAGCUGCUUUACUGAAGUGCUCAUGGCGGCUGGCUGCUGGUUUAGUAUGGGGGAAAACUGCCUGUGUGAACUGAAAGCUCCCCUUUUCUCUGUGACUGACUUGCCAAAGCGGCAACCUAAGCCCUCCGCAGAUGACGGUUACUGGGACUGUAGCGUCUGCACGUUCAAGAACACCGCUGAGGAGUUCAAGUGCAUGAUUUGUGAUGUGCGGAAGGGGACGUCCACUCGAAAACCACGGCCUGUUUCUCAGCUGGUCACACAGCAAGCAAAUCAGCAGUUUGCAUCACCCACACUCCCCAAAAAGGAGAAAAAAGAAAAAUCAGAGAAAGCCAAGAGUGAUAAAGACCCAACACUGAAAAAGAAAAGCCAUAAAAAAACGAGGCCCCGGUUAAAAAACAUCGACAGGAGCAGCGCCCAGCAUCUAGAAGUCACAGUUGGAGACUUGACUGUAAUAAUCACAGACUUUAAGGAGAAAGCCAAACCCACGCCAACUUCAACAGGUGCUGCCUUAGCAGACCAACACAGUCAAAGUGGCUCCAGCUCUGAUAACACUGAACGGGGGGUGUCCCGAUGCUCUUCGCCCCACAGGGAAACCUCACAGGGAAACCUCACCGGUUAACGGAGAGACUCACUAACCUUCACACACCCCAUUCUUCUGCACUCUCAACAGCCGCGAGUUUCAACAAUUCAACAUGCACGUUUUUUCGUUAAAUACUUUAAAUGCAAAUAUGAUAGCAUUCACUUCUAAUAAUGGAUUACCUUUUUUAUUUAGAGCGCUUUUACAGGUGCUCAAAGCGCUUUAGUAUUACACAUAUUAGACAUGUAAAUGUCAAUACUGCGGACAUUACCCACAGGAGCAAAUGCGGGUAGAGUGUCUUGCCCAAGGACACAACGGCCUGACGCAGUGGCGGCCGAGGCGGGUUUCAAACUGGAGUACAUACAAUACAACGCUGUAUUUUUCACUGCCAUCCCACGAUGAUAAAGAAUUCGGGACGUGUGCUGUAUGCUCAACUCAAAGAACUGUUGCAGCAUGAUGAACGGAAAAAAGGAACGGUAGCAUUAAAUCCUGGAUGUCAUGAACUGUGCCACGUGUUAUGGUUACUCAAGUUUAAACACCUCAGUGUUACUUCAGCAUCACACUGAGCUGGUUGUUGCUGCACAGAAUAAAUGAUGCAUUGUGAAAGAAAAUAUAAAAUGUCAUCUCAGAAUUGUAGUUUAUUUUUUUAUUUUGUUAUCGUAAUUUGCACUUAAUGGCAUCCAAUGUUCAUGAUAACAUUUGUUAGCAUUAAUUCCUCUGUUUAAUUUUCAGUAAAUCAUUACACUGUUGGUUACUGGCCUGAUCCAGCUCCAGUUUAUGCCAUUGGAUGCAAUACUUUUUUUACUGUCUAACAUUUGAGUUCAAAUAUUGAAUAAGUAUGCUUCUCGUUCACUUGGUAGAGUUAAGCAUGAUGUAAUCUAUAGAAUGGUUUAUAUUGUAAAAUACUGUUAAAUAAAAUAAGUUCUAGAUA